AUGCUGCAGCCUAGCAGUGACGAUGGAACGAUGAAGAAGAUCGAGGUCGGAGGCAACAGGGUCACCUUGACCCCUAACAAACCGGACACGUCCUACUUCUACAGUAAGACUGCUUGCACAAACGCCCAGGCAAAGGGGUAUGGCGGCAUCUCCUUCCGCAUCAAGGCCAGCAGCGGGACAACGUUUGGAGUUCAGCUGGCAUCGGCAACAACUUGUAGCGGCGAGGACACGAGCUUUGGUUUCCAGACCACCCGCGAGCUUGGAUGGACAUUCGACGGCACCGAGAAGCUUUACAGUCUGCCUUUCUCCAAGUUUACCACGAUCGACUUGUCCAAGGUGUCUUCAAUCUUGUUCACUACACUUUCUGGCCCUGUUCAAUUCGGCCCGAUGGCGUUUUAUUGCGGUACCACGCCUUCCGAGUACAUUGUCAAGACGUUACCGUUGACUAGCACUUCGGUAUCGACUGUUGCUGCCCCUAGAGGCACAGCCGCAGCCAAGCUCAUCGACGACUUUUCAGCCCAGAACCUAAAUUCCCUCGGACAGUGGCAUGGCGGGGACAACGACGCUGCAGUCACAUGGGUAAAGGGCAAGGUGACCCUCAAGGCGCCGGAUGCCGACUUCGCCUACUACACCCAAUUCGAGAACACUUGUGCCGACAUAACUGCCUACGAUGGUUCCUACCUGCACAUCGCAUACUCGGGGAGCAACAAGUUCACGAUUGCCAUGCAACAACACAACUCACAGUGUAACGAGGCGAUUGCACCUUUCCCAGAGACUUGGGACUCACUUGAGGCGGCCCGUUAUGCUACCGGUAACAACAUAUACAUCCCCAUGUCGCAUUUCAACAUCGUUCGCUCCCGAGUGGUUGGUUUGGCCUUCAAGGGCUUCUACACAAACGAGGCUGUCACUCUGACCAAGAUCCAAAUUGUCUCGUCCGUGCCGGACAAUGUCCACAUCCCAAGCAAGCUGCCGUCCGGCAACCUCGUCUUCGCCUGCAAGCGCCCCAACUCGAUUGCGUUUGCCAUCGAUGACGGCGACCCAACCUACGCGCAGGAGGUCAUGGAGGUCAUCCGAUCCGAGAAUAUCAAAGUCACCUUCUUCACCGUCGGCGCGCCACUGAGAGACCCCUCCACGAAUUUGAGCAACAUCUAUCAGGACAUGAUGACGCAAGGGCAUCAGAUGGCUCUGCACAGCUACACUCAUCCCAAAAUGGAGGGUCUGCCGAAUAACGAUGCAAUUGCCUGGGAAUACAAGCAGGACAUUGACGCUGUAUCGGACAUGUUCAAUGGUCUCAAAACAAAGUACUUUCGACCGCCAUUUGGAAACGAGGGUGCUCGGAUGCGCCAGCAAUUGGUUUCGACAACUGGCAACAGCGACGCAUACAUCGUCAAUUGGAAUAUUGAUGUAGAGGAUUGGCUCUGGGCCACCUCUUCCCAGCCCGAAAAGCAGUUGGAGGCCUUCCAGCGCGAUCUGGAAAAGGCACGGUCAAAUACCUGA